UUGUCACGCUUCCUCACCUCUCCCACCCGUCGUCGUCGUCGUCGCAGGACUCGAGAUCGUCGUCGCCGCCCGGGCGCAUCCAGUCGCUCACAUCCUCAGAACCCUCCACAACGCCACCCCAUUCUCCGUGAACCCAUCUACUUCCGCUACGUCCGGAGCCUGGUUUCAUCGACUGUGCAGUACUUGUCGUCCGCUCUCUUGUCUUCUCUCCUUCCUCCGCCUCCAACAUGGGCGUACAAUUCGGAUCCUUCGACGAGAUAUGCCAAACAGCGGCACUCGUCAUCUGUCCUCUAGUGGGUUCAGAUCAAGGGAUAGAACCAACAUGCUACAGCCGUAACGUGGAGCUCUCAGGGACGCUCGUUUUCCAGCCUGCUACUCUAUGUAUUCACGUCGCAGCAAUCAUCAUGACCGCCAUUAUGAUCUUCCACAUCCGGAGCAAGUACACGGCAAUUGGUCGGAAGGAAAUUCUUCACUUCUUCUACCUUUAUGCCAUAGUCGAGUUGCUGGGGCUGUUCCUAGACUCGGGUAUUAUCCCAACGUCGAACGUCAGCUAUCCUUGGUUUGCGGCCGUGUAUACAGGCUUCGUCGCGGCGCUAUACGUUGCCCUUCUCGUCAACGGUUUCGUCGGGUUCCAGUUCGCAGAGGAUGGCACACCACUGUCGUUAUGGCUUCUCAGAGGUUGCAUGCUCGUCGUCUUCGCCGUCUGCUUCUUCGUCGCCAUCGCGACCUUCAAGAAGUUCGCUAGCUUCAACUACGCAAAGCCGAUCGGCCUGUGGAUCAUCUACAUCCUUUGGCCACUGAUUUGCGUCAUAGUAUACACCAUCUCGCAGCUCAUGCUCGUCCUGCAGACGUUGGAGGAUCGCUGGCCCAUUGGCGACAUCGUCUUCGGCGUCGCGUUCUUCACGAUUGGGCAGGUCCUUCUGUUCGCGUUCAGCGUGACGAUCUGCAACGCGAUCAAGCACUACAUCGACGGGCUGUUCUUCUUCACCCUCUGCAUGCUCCUUAGCGUCAUGAUGGUCUACAAAUACUGGGACAGCAUCACGCGCGAGGAUCUCGAGUUCUCUGUGGGCUCCAAGGCGACGGUAUGGGAGGUCAAAGACCCUCUGCUCGCGAACGGAGAUUAUGACGACGAUGUCAGCAACUACCACGGCGGCGGCGGCAACACUGCCAGCUUGAUCGGUGGCGUCAGCGGCAAGCAGCUGUACGGGAUGCAGGGCGGCCGUGGCUAUCCGCCACCGCCAGAGAGAUUCUGAGUGGGUCCGGACAGUCGUGUAGCCAUUCGUUCGUAGGACGCUUUCGCAUUCCAUUACCUUAGCAUACCGUGUAUCCUGUUACUUUACCAGCAUGGACGACUGAAAUCAUCAGCCGUAGGGAACAUUUGC